AUGCCUGCAAAAGUCUGGCUCAUUACCGGUGCAAGUUCAGGAAUUGGGCUCUCACUGGCUCAGUACGUGCUCUUACAGGGAGAUCAUGUGGUAGCCACAGUGCGAUCGCUCUCGAAGCUUCCCGAUACCUUGCGCGAUGCGGGUGCCAAGGCUCUCGUGCUCGAUCUCAACGCUUGCGAUGCAGACAUACGCCGCGCCGGAGAAGAGGCGCUGAAGGUAUACGGACAUAUCGAUGUUCUAGUGAACAACGCGGCGUAUGGCGUUGUGGCUCCAGUGGAAGAGCUCAAGCAAGUCUACCAUGCUGUUCUCGAUGACAUGCGGGCGCAGUUCCAAACGAACGUUUUCGGAGCGAUUGCACUUGUUCAAGCCUUACUGCCUUCUUUCCGGGCCCGACGAAGCGGUCAGAUUUUCAAUGUCUCGUCAGUUUGUGGUCUCAGUGGCUUUUCAUCAUGGGGAGCAUACUGCGCCUCCAAGGCCGCUCUGGAACUCUUUUCGGACGCGUUGAGCCAGGAGGUUGCACCCUUCGGGAUCCGCGUCCUCAUCAUCGAGCCUGGAUACUUCUCCACGAACUUCUUCCAGACAGCUCCGUUGUUCUCCCACGACUCGGAUUCCAAAGUUUAUACGGAUCCAUCGCAAGGAUAUCGCACUUUGGAGGAGGUGCCGAAACAACAUGUCAGGGAUGGCCAGAUUGGCGACGUUGUGAAACUAUCAGCGAGGAUUUAUGAAGUUGUGCAUGGGGUUGGAAUGGCGCAAGGGUUGAGGGAGUGGUUGCGGGUACCUCUGGGGACGGACUCUGGGGAACGACUGCGGUGGAAGAUCAACACUAUACAGGAAAAUGUGGACGCGUUCGAGCAGAUCUGGAGGUCGACUGACGUGGAACCAGACAGACUCAAGUUCUAUCCACGAGGUUGA